AUGUCUUUAUAAUCAUUAAAACUGAACUUAAACAAAUGUGGAAUGGAUAAUUACGGAUUUAAGAUUUUGAACACUUCGCUUUUAGGUUUUAGGAAUUUAAAAUUAUUCUAUUUAGAUGUUGGAUAGAAUAACUUUGAGCCGACAAUUGAAAGUAUAGUAGAUAGUCAAUGUUAUAUUGUUUCAUAAAUGCCAAAUUUAUAGUUCUUACAUAUUGGAAACCAAUAAGGUUAUUUUAAGAAAUAAUAUUUUUAAGAUAUUUUGAAUGCUUAAUUUCUUAGCUCACUUAGUCUGAAAAUAAGAUUAGGAUUCAGUAUUAUUAGUUCCGUAGAAUAACUGAUUUCAAAUUUAUUGAAAUUUAAGUAAUUAAAUAAGCUUGUAAUUUAUUACAUAAACUAAGCAGGUUUUAGUUAUUCUUUUUAAACAAGUCUGAUCAGAAAUAUGUAUAGAAAAUCAACAAAAUUAGUGUGUCUUCAAAUAAAAGAAAUAAAAGAAUAUUGA